CCGCGUCGGGCUUGUUACAACUGUCACUUCCCUUCGACCUUUGACUCAACCCCUCUUGGCGGCUUCGAGACUAGGAAAUUUAGCGUGUUGCGCUUUGAUGUGUAAAUCAAACGUGAUAAGUCACAUCUAAUCACAUCCUCGCUCUCUCAAUCAACCUUCCACAAAUCUCAAAUCAUCGAAAAGGCAAACAUCAACGCUUGAAACAUCAAACCUCGAGACUUGAACUAGACUCAUUCAACACACAAUGUCAACGGGAGAAGAUGUCUAUAUCGCUAACUCGCGCACAGGCAAGAAACCCAGACUUCAAAGAGCUUGCGAUGUCUGUCGUCGACGAAAAAAUCGCUGUGACGGAGAUCGACUGUCAGGACGCAAAUGCACAGUCUGUUCAACGAACGACUUUGAGUGCACAUAUGUAGAAGCAGGAAAGAUACGCCGAAUCUCAAGAGAAUACGUUGAAAGCCUGGAGAAGAGAUUAGAACAGAUGGAAAGACUUUUCUCCCAGUUCUGUCCCGAUGUCAACAUCGCCGAGUUGCUUCUGAAGGAAGGCGAUAACAAUGACGCACCGACGAGGCAUGACGCAUCUCAUUCGUCCUCAUCCGCCCUCGCUUCGCAUAUGUUGUACAGAUCACCCACUCUCGGCUCGGGAAACCAGACCCCGACACCCGAAGAGCCCGUGUCCAGCGACGAAGAGGUGGAUAAAUUUGAACUGAAGCUGAGCGAAAGUAUCCGGAAAAUGACAAUCGACCCGACCCGACAUCGCUUCUUUGGUAAAUCGAGCGGAAUAACGCUUAUCCAGCAGGCGUUGGACCUCAAGAACGAGCAUACAGGUGAUCAGGCAGAGAAUAUGCUCGACAUUUUCUAUCGCGAUGUACCGAAGUCCAUCGAUACCCCCCAGCGGCACACACAAGGCAAGAAUAGGGAAGCUGCGUCGUAUACCUUCCCAGAGCCCGAUCUGUGCCGAACGCUUGUCGAUCUGUACUUUACCCAUAAUAACCUCAUCGCACCUGUGCUCCACCGCCCGACAUUCGAGCGCAAGUAUGCCAGUGGCUUGCACCUUCGUGACACGGCAUUUGGAGCUGUUGUCCUCCUGGUAUGCGCGGUUGCCGCACCGGGCUGCGAUGACCCUCGGGUACUACCGCCCGGAUCUCCUAUCGAAUACUCGGCAGGGUGGCAAUACUUUGAGCAGGUGCAGAUUAUGAAGAAGGCGCUGUUGGGGCCACCUUGCCUAGAGGAUAUGCAGGUGUAUUGUUUGUCCGCAUUUUAUGUACAAGGGACGUGGACGCCUCAAUCGUGCUGGACAAUCGUCGGGGUUGGUAUCAGGCUGGCCCAGGAGGUCGGUGCUCAUAGACGAAAGGUUUACGGUCGUAGACCAACAGUCGAGGAUGAGCUAUGGAAGCGAGCAUUCUGGAUUCUAGUCAGUCUCGAUCGAGCAUAUAGCUCCGCCUUAGGCAGGCCUUGUGCGAUACAAGACACUGAUUUUGAUGUCGAUCUUCCCGUCGUCUGUGACGACGAGUACUGGGAACACGCCAAUUCAGAUCAAGCGUUCAAGCAGCCACCUGGCAAACCAUCUUCCGUCGCAUAUUUUGUCAGUGCUCUGAAGCUCAGUCAGAUAUUGGCCUUUGCGCUACGGACCAUUUACUCUAUCAAUAGGUCCAAGAUUUUACUUGGCUUUGUUGGACACAAGUGGGAGCAGCAUAUCGUCGCCGAGCUUGACUCUGCGUUGAACAGUUGGAUUGAUUCAGUUCCAGAACAUUUACGAUGGAACCCGAACAUACAAGAUCCCAUCUUCUUGAUCCAAUCGUGUGCACUCUAUGCGAGCUAUUAUCAUACGCAGAUCAUUGUUCACCGUCCAUUUAUCCCCUUGCCGCGAAAGCCAUCGCCGCUAUCAUACCCUUCGCUUGCAAUAUGCACGAACGCGGCACGCUCAUGCAGCCAUGUCGUUGAUGCGUGUGUACGACGCGCUGAUACAGAUAUGCUCUUUGUCCCCUCUGGAGUCCAGGCCGCAGCAAUCACAGCAGGUAUUGUACUGCUGGUGAAUAUCUGGGGCGGGAAGCGGACCGGGCUUAUAAUCAACCCUGAGAAAGAAAUGGCGGAUGUGCACAAGUGCAUGGCUAUGCUUAAGCUUUGCGAAAGGCGGUACCCAUGGGCGGGAAACAGCUGGGACGUCUUGUACAAGCUUGCGUCUGCCGGUGAUCUUCCGCUUCCAAAAGCAAGGCCGGCAGGAACAGGCAAGCGUGAACGAGAAGACGACACGCCUUCCGCAGCUCUUCUUCCACAGUCUGGACAACUUGAAUUUGAGCCACGCGCUAUCGCUGGCUCGAGCCGCGUCGCGGGUGAUGGUAGUGUGCAACACGUGUUGGCACAGGGCACCCAAGCCUCGCACGUUUCAUGGAGUCAGACUAUACCAACGGCAUACUCUCAAAUGCAGUCGCAACAGCAGACACAACAGCACUCUAUACCACUGCCGAUACAUGAUCAGAUGGGAUCUGACACAGCUGCGUCCUCGGUUUUACAACCUCAGCAACCGCAACUCGCCCUUCAUUUAAAUGGACACGACCGCUUUCAAGCGUGGCCCGAUGGUGAUAUUAGUGGCAUAGACCUUUCAACUAUUAUGGCGGCCUACGAUAGCUUGCACGCUGGGACAGUAAACGCUGGCGACCCUUCUACGCACGACCUCAACGCUGGUGAUGCUGCAUCCUCCAAUGAAGCGCCGCAUACGCCUUAUGGAAUCGAUGACUUCUUGUUGCAGUUGAUGCAGCAGCAGCAGCCUCAGCCGCCACUAGCUUCCGGGGCCGAGGGCUCUGCUGUGGGCGGAUAUGAGAGUGUGGGCAUGAAUAGGGCGAUGGAGGCCUCACAGUCCAUGUCGUCCGAUGAUAUGAUGUCAAUAUGGUCGAAUGCCCCUGAUGGCUUUGAAGUGGACAACUGGAGUGCAUACCUCAGGAGUGUGUCUGGCACGAACUACAAUGACGGAACCCAGCCAUGGCAACAGCAGGAUCGCGAAUCGUAAAGCGGAGGCGUGGAGGCCAUACUCUUGUCAUUCGGCUACACCAUAGCCCUUUUAUAUUUUUGCUAUGUGAUCAAAGAGUUGAUGACCGC